AUGUCAUUUCAAUACGAUUACCCGCAGCAGCAGCAACAGCAAGGCUCUGCCUCGCCAACUGGUGCCUCCGCUGGCGGGCCACCUCCUACUGCAGGCUCUUCUAAUGGUGCUGCUGGUAGCGAUGCUAAGACGACUUUGUGGAUGGGUGAGCUCGAACCGUGGAUUGAUGAGGCGUUUGUUAGAAAUGUUUGGUAUCAAUUGGGCGAAGGAGUUAAUGUUAAGAUGAUUCGCGACAAGUUUUCUGGUAAUGCUGGUUAUUGUUUUGUUGAUUUCAGCAGUCCCGCUGCGGCUGCCAAAGCGUUGACGCUCAAUGCCACCCCUAUUCCCGGGAGUAGCCGUCCUUUCAAAUUGAACUGGGCCUCGGGAGGGGGUCUUGCUGACAGACGCGACGAUCGCGGACCUGAGUACUCCAUUUUUGUUGGUGACCUUGGACCUGAGGUUAAUGAAUAUGUCCUCGUUUCGUUAUUUCAAUCAAGAUUCCCGUCUUGCAAGUCGGCAAAGAUUAUGACGGAUCCCGUGAGUGGGAUGUCUCGUGGCUAUGGGUUUGUUAGGUUCUCGGAUGAGAUGGAUCAGCAACGUGCUUUGACUGAGAUGCAAGGCGUGUACUGUGGUAAUCGUCCCAUGCGUAUCUCCACCGCGACUCCUAAGAACAAGAGCGCUACUGGUGGUCCCCCGAUGAACCAAUUUACCGAUCCUAACAACACCACUGUUUUUGUCGGUGGACUUUCUGGAUAUGUUACCGAAGAUGAGCUCCGCUCGUUCUUCCAAGGCUUUGGAGAAAUCACCUAUGUUAAGAUUCCUCCGGGUAAGGGUUGUGGGUUUGUUCAAUUUGUCCAGAGACAUGCGGCCGAGAUGGCAAUCAACCAGAUGCAGGGAUAUCCUAUUGGGAACUCAAGGGUUAGAUUGAGUUGGGGACGGAGCCAAAACAACUCUGGGCCCGCGGGCACUCCUUAUAGGCCUGCUCCUCCUCCGCCCGUCUAUCCGUCGAUGGGCAUCGCUCCUCAACAUCACUAUGCGUCUUUUGCGCCUUUAAAUCCUCAUGCUGCACACAUGCACCCGCCUCCUCAACCGGGCCAAAUGCCACCGCCAGGACCACCGGGCGCAAUCCCUGGACCGACUGAUCCCACGGAACCUCUCGAUAUGCAGCGCAUGAAUACGAUGUACUUGGCCGCGAAGGAUGGCAGAAUGGACCGUCUCGAGGCCGACUCUCGUGGAUACCAUUCUGUCUAUGCUGCCUAAAGACCAAGGCCUAUUUUGAUAUUGCUUUUCUUCUCUUUUGUCUUUUCUUUUUUGAGGGGACCAUAACCAAAACCGAGGGGAAGAAAAAUAAAUACAGAAAAAAAACCACAACCAAUAAUUGGAAUGAAAUGUUGUCAUCGGCAAGGGAAGGUUAGGAAAUGGAAUUCAUGCGAGGGAAAGGAAAGGAAAUGUGAUGGAUGGUGUUGGGAGUGUUGAUAGCUACAUCUGGCGUUGCGCAAAAAAAUGUUUUGGCUUUUUUCUUUCUUUUCCUACCGUUUUUCUUUCCCUUGUUUCUUCUUUGUCGAACUUUCUCUUUUUACUUCCCUGUCACAAUUCUCGAUUAAAAGGGCUCUUUUAUCAUCUUCAUCACCGGCUUUGUUGGUUUGGUCUGAUUUAGUUUGGCUGCGUUGGUUUUCCUUUCCUCUUUUUUAAAAAAUGGUAGUCCUUUUUUCUUCUAUUUCGUAGCUGGGUUGUUUUGCCCUCCUUCCUCUUUUUAUCUAUCUCUUCUCCUUGGGGAUUACUUCACUUCACUUAUUGUUGGGUUCUAUCUGCUUAUCUACUGUGCCCUUGAUCUGAUUUUGAUUGGAUUUGAUUUUGAUCGACUUCUUGAGUACGGUGUCUGAGGAAAUUUAAAAAUUCCGGGUUUUUUUAUAUCUUUUUUCUUCUCAUUUUCAUUCAUGGGCUUUUGAUCUUGAUUUUGCUAUUACUGGUAGUUUUCAAAAAUUUCGUUAACUUUA